AUGUUGAAUUUUCUGAGUAUCAAGAAGUUCAAAGUAUCUUCAACUGAGCAAAAGAUAAGACAAGCCACCAAUAAUGAACCAUUGGGGCCAUAUGGUAGUGAGUUGAAUGAAUUGGCGACUCUUACUUUUAAUCCCAAUAAAUUACCUACAAUUGCAGCCAUAAUACAAAAAAGAUUAAUAGUGAAAUCUCCUACAAAGAAUUGGCGUAGUAUAUUGAAAACAUUAACAGUAGUAAUAUUUCUACUUCAAAGUGGUUCCAGACAAUUUUUGAAUUGGGCAAAGGCAAAUAUGUACAAUUUGAUUAAAGGAUAUAGAAAUUUCUCUUGUUAUGAUAUCAAAGACGUUGAGAUUGGAGAACCGAUAAGGACAAAAUCCAAAAGUAUAAUAAAUCACGUUAGAGACGAAGAGAAAUUAAAUCGAUUAAGAUCAAAUUUUGAACAAUUGAGAAAUGAUAUGAUAAUUCCAGGUUUAAAAGAAUAUAAUUUAGUACUGAAACAUCAAGAUUCACCAUCGGGCAAAUCAGAAGAACGGAUGCGGAAACUGAAAAGUAUGGUUUAUCAGAAGACAACUUCAUAUGAACUAUUAGACUAUGAGAUACCAACUACCGUCCGUAGACCAACACUAGAUUGUUUGCCUGAAGAGGAGAUGAGUAAUGUACCGAGUGACACUAUUAAUAUGAACUACACAACGACUGAUAUGGAUCGUACGCGCUCAUCAAACUAUUGGACGGUUGAUAGUAAUUAUGGGCGUUCAGCAAAUUAUUCAACAACCACUAAUCAUAAUAAUAAUACUAGUAAUAAUAUCAUGCAUGCAUGUUCAAAUAAUCCCUUCCUACAGAGGAAUAAUAGAGCUCUGAGUUAUCAUCCUACAAACCCAUUCAUUGAUGUGGAGUCUCUAUGGUAA